GGUUUUUUAACUUCGCGAAUUGGUUACGAGUAUUAUUGGCUCUGUUAUACAAUUUUCUUUCCAGAGUUGUUGCAGUUCUGUGAGAAAUGGAAGACUUUGAAGAGUCGAAGUCUGACUGUAGUCUGGAGUCUAAUGAACUGCCACCAGUGCCGCCAUUGAUGAAGUUGAAAAGGAACAAGCUCGACCAAACUUCUAGAGAGCAUGGUCCAUCGUCCGUUCCACCCUCUUUGGGGUCGAAGAUUGGGGAAGCAAACACAGAGAAAGCGUCUUGUAUGGGAUUUGCUUCACUGGAAAACAGAGAGGACACGAGUAUGAUACACCCAGAGUAUACCAGAAGCAUAAAUCCUGCUUCUCCUCCGCCAUUAAUAAAAUGGACGAGGAACACAAUUCCUUCGGCCAGUAUUUCUAAUCGUCAACAAGCUUUCACAAAGACAUUUCGAACCGCCGAAAAGAUCGAAAGAGAUGAAGCAACGUAUAGUACACAGUCUGAAAUGGAAGACGUAUUGAACUGGCCUUCAACGGUCAGCGGGUAUGGGAAACGUGCAUCGCCUGUGAAGCCACUUCUUCAAUUUCAAAUGGACGUCUUAACUCCAGCCUCAGCAUCAUAUACUGGAGUUACUGCCGGAAGGACGCGUGGGACAUGGGAGCAACCUGAUGCGUUUGGCAUGCCAGUUGCACGAAGGCGUCCUGUCGGACAAAAUGCUGACUAUUCUAAGGUUAUGACGCGUAAUCAGGAUCCAGACAAGCGUUCUAAGUGUAAGGCAAUACGGAAGUGUCAGUUUUGCCAUAUCGAGUGCAAGAACGAUUCUCAACUAUCCCAGCAUGAACGUGUUCAUACUGGAGAUCGACCAUUUAGGUGUGAUGUAUGCGGGAAGUCUUUCACUCAAUCCGGCAAUCUAUUUGUUCAUAAACGUACUCAUACUGGGGAUCGACCAUUCAAGUGUGAUGUAUGUGGGAAGUCUUUCACUCACUCAUCGAGUCUAUGUGUUCAUAAACGUACUCAUACUGGAGAGAGACCGCACAAGUGUAAGACAUGUGGUGCGUCGUUCAAUGAUUCGUCCAAUUUUCGCAGACAUGAACGUAUCCAUUCUGGAGAAAGAUCUUCAACGUGCUAGACAUGUGUAAGGUCAUUCACACAGUCAUCCUAACUACAUGACCAUGAACAAAUACAUACAGGAAACCGUCCGUAUAGGUGCUGAGAGUGCGCAAAGUUCUUCAAAACAUCAUCAUGUUACCCUAGACACGAGUGUAUUCAUAACCUACAAUGAAAAGCCUAAAAGUCGGAACAUAGUGUUUAAAUAUUGUGUGAAAAUGAAAUUCUCCUCUUUGCGCUUAUGAAUUGUGAGAGAAAGAGUGUGAGUGUCUGUCUGUUUGAAAGAUAGUAUACAUUCGCAGCACUUAAAAAAAGAAACCACUCUUUGAUGCUAUUCACACAAGUCUGGUCCUAGCACACACGCUGUAAACUAUGAUAGUCGAGAAUCGCAAGCUGAUGUGGAUUAUGUAGUUCUGUAUUUUUGUUCUAUUCCAUGGUCACGUACUCAUGUAUUAUGUCAGAAGUCAAUAGCAUUAUUAUAGCAUAACCUUUAA